GGGCGGCGCGCGGGGCACGCCGGGAGUUGUGGUCCGGGCCCACGUGGGAUCGGUCCGGGAUCGGCCCCGGGAUCGGCCCAGGAUCGCUGCCGGUAUGGCGGGGCUGGAGCUGGUGUCGGACGCGGGCUUUCGGGCCGACGGGCGCCGCCCGGACGAGCUGCGCAAGGUGCGGGCCCGGCUGGGGGUGCUGGCGCGGGCGGACGGCUCGGCCUACCUGGAGCAGGGCAACACCAAGGUCCUGGCGGCCGUGUACGGCCCGCACGAGGUCCGAGGGUCCCGGGCCAAGGCCCCCCCUGACCGUGCCCUGCUGAGCUGCCGCUGCAGCUCGGCGCCGUUCGCGGGGGGCGGGGAGCGGCGCCGGAGACCCCCCCAGGGGGACCGCAGGUCGGGGGAGCGGGCGCUGCUGCUCAGGGGGGUCCUGGAGGGGGCCGUGCUCACCCACCUGUACCCCCGCUCCCAGAUCGACGUGCACGUCCAGGUGCUGCAGGCGGACGGGGGCGAGCUGGGUGCCAGCGUGAGCGCGGCGGGGCUGGCGCUGCUGGACGCGGGGGUGCCCAUGCGGGGGGCGGUGGUGGCCGGGUCCGCCGGGCUGGCCGAGCCCCCCGCGGGGCCCCCCCUGGCCCUGGCCGACCUGAGCGCGGCCGAGGAGGCGGCCGGGGGGCCGAGGCUCGUGGUGGCCACGCUGCCCGCCUCGGGCCACCUGGCCCUGUGCCAGCUGAGCGCCUGCCUGCACCAGGAGCGGCUCCAGCCCGUGCUGGACAUGGCCCAGCACGCCUGCCAGGGGCUCCACGCCGUGCUGGACACCGUGGUCAGGGACAGGCUGAGGAGGGACACGGCCCUGGCAGAGUGACCAGCGCCCAGGGACACGUGGGGACACCGCCAGGACAGCGCUGUGGCUGCGUGACUGACCCCAGGGACACCCCCAGGACACUGGGACACCACCAGGGAUGAGUGACCAACCCUGGGGACAACACCAGGGAUGAGUGAUUGACUCUGGGGACACCACCAGGGAUGAGUGACCGACCCUGCAACACCACCUUGGCAGUGGCCAGCCCUGGGGACAUCGCCGUGGCAGAGUGACCAGCAGGGACACCAGCAGUGGGGGCACAUGGGCAACAGCGCAGUGCCGUGGCUGACUGACCCCUGGGGACAUCACAGUGACCGACUGACCCCUGGGACACUGCCAUGGCCAACUGACCCCGUGGACACAAGUACAAGGACCCCGUGCUGCCAACUGACCCCUGGGGACACAGUGUGACCAACUGACCCCUGGGGACACGGUGUGACCAACUGACCCCUGGCUCUGGCAGCAGGACCCCACCCUGGCCGAGUGGCUGAUGGGGGCAGGGGGGCCGAGGGCGCUGUCACUGUGGCAAUAAACUCUGGUGUGUGUCACA